AAAGACCAUCAUCAUCCACUCCAUCUUCCACACUGCUCCGUUGCUGGUUUGCGUGUGGAGUGGUGAAGUAGGUGAAUCGUCAUCUUUCAACGCGUGAAAAGUGAAAAAAAGUUAAUUCUUCCCGUUUUGUGCACAUCAGCGUGAGGUAGCGUAUCAAAUCGCGAAGCAAAAGCUGCCCUUGAUCACAGAACUUCUCUAGCAAAGCGAGCCCCUGUGGCCCUGGUUGUUUUUCUUCCCUGGCAGUGUGUGUGAGUGUAUGCGUGUGUGCGCUCGUGUGUCUCAAGGCAUUAACAAGGGCAGGAAGAGAAGGGUCGCACCUUCCCAAUUUCGGGGUGACAAGUUUCAGUUUCAGGCUUUCUCGAUCACGAACUGUCCAACGAGCAAGACGACAGCAGCGAUAGAGAUAGGAAGAAUUGUGUACGAGAGAAAGAGAGAGGGAGUUAGAGCGAGCGAGCGAGAGGGAGUCAAAGGUGCCACGGGCCAAGAGACAACAGAGCGUACAGUACCACGCACGAACACCAUUAACGCGUCGCAGCUAAAACACAAACUAGAUCGAUGUGUGAGCUAGUGUGAUUAUUUGAUAAAUUUCGCAGUGGAAAAGGAAUGAGGUAUUUAAGCAAUUAGGCUCAGGUUUAUGUGUUCUUUUUAGAAAGCGAAGACACAUAUCGAAGAAGACGAUCAAUCGUCGUACAUUCGUGGUGCGGCUGUGUGCGUAUCAAAAAACGAACCUCUUUGCGCUGUGUGUGUGCAGUGUUGGUGAACGUCAGUGUCAGGAGCGAGCGAGAUAGCGAACCCAGUUGUGUCGGAGCGUGACAGAAGGAGAGUGGUUUUUUGGCUGGUGGGUGUCCCGCUGUCAGCAGGAACAUCAUCAUCAUCAUCAUCAUCAUUCUCUGCACAACACGCUCGAGAACGAGGACAAUAGCAAAGUGCAAUCGCAGUCCGCAGUCGGUUCGCGACCAACUUGGCAAAACGUACGGUCUGAAAUCGACGUACAGCGCGCGCCUGUACGCGUGUGUGCGAUAUAGUGUGGAGAGUGAGUGAGAACAAUAGAGCGAAUUGCAGUGGACGUGUGUGCAUAUGUGUGUUUGGUACGCCAUUAUCAUCGCCAUUCGAAUGCAUGGCUGCUGAAGUGGAAGCAAAUUGAAGCAGCAGUGGUGAAUAACGUGUGGGAUUAUCGGUGUCGCGUGUGUGCCUCGGUCAGUCUACCAAAGGUGCCGUAGGAGGGGGGGGAGCGAGUGGCCUGUUAGUUGUGUGGCCGUGAGUGUAUAUGUGUGUUGUGUCUGAGUGAGUCGCUUUCCCUCGAGCACACGAAGAAAGAAAAGGAAAGGAACAGACACACACACACACACACACACACCCCAACGGGCGCGUAGUUGGGUGCCCCGCUGAUGGCCGACAAUGCGCCUGCAGCCGCUGCAAGUAGUGUGAAGUGUAGUAGUGAUGGUGGUCAGCCUCGCGACAGUUUGCUAAUGUCCUCGAGCAGAAUGUUCAACCCAAACAACAACGUCCAGCAGCAGGGUGCCAGCGGCAGCGGCAACAGCGGUACUACCCCCGGGGGUGGUGUAGCAGGAGCAGGAGGAGCAGCAGCAGCAGCAGGCCCGAAUGCGGCGGCCGCCGGACCGAUCGACCGUCUCCGGAUGCUGUACCCGAACGUCAACGAAGCGGUCGACCCGCUGCCCCGCUCCUGGAGCCUGCAGGACAAGUGCAGCACCAUCGGUCUGACGCAAAACAAUCUCCGUGUUCACUACAAAGGAAUUGGCAAGUCACACACAGAUGCUGCCUCGGUGCGUACCGCUUAUCCGAUACCGGCCGCCUGCGGACUGUACUACUUCGAGGUGAAAAUCAUCUCGAAAGGCCGGGACGGCUACAUGGGCAUCGGGCUGACCCAUACCAACUUCAAGAUGAAUCGUCUGCCCGGGUGGGACAAGCAAUCGUACGGCUACCACGGUGACGACGGUCACUCGUUCUGCUCGUCCGGCAAUGGGCAACCGUACGGGCCCACCUUUACCACCGGUGAUAUUAUUGGUUGUGGCGUCAAUCUGGUCGACAAUACGUGUUUCUACACCAAGAACGGCCACCAUCUGGGCAUCGCUUUCAGAGAUCUGCCGCCCCGGUUAUACCCGACGGUCGGUCUGCAGACGCCCGGUGAGGUAGUCGAUGCCAACUUCGGUCAGGAACCGUUCAAGUUCGACAUCGAGGACAUGCUGAAGGAGCUGCGGGCCAGCACGAAGGCCACCAUCUACAACUUCCCACUGCCGGACGAUCAGGGCGACUGGACGGUGAUCCUGCACAAAAUGGUUUCCUCCUAUCUGGUCCAUCACGGGUACAGCUCGACGGCGGAAACGUUCGCCCGGAGCGCGGGCCAAACAUUACAGGAAGACAUGACAUCGAUUAAAAAUCGACAAAAAAUCAUAAAACUAGUGCUUUCCGGCCGCAUGGGACAAGCGAUCGAACAGACCAUUCGUCUCUAUCCGGGUCUGCUAGAGUCGAAUCAAAAUCUGCUGUUUAUGCUAAAGUGCCGACAGUUUAUCGAGAUGGUGAACGGAUCUGACUUUGACCUAGGUACUCCUUCGUCGCGUACGAGCCCAGUGCAAACAUCGGUGAUACAAUCAACAAAAAGUUAUCAAAACGGUAACACCAUUAUUCCGGAUAAUGCUGACAAUCAGGGAUACUUAAAAAAUAACGUCCUCAGUAAUAACACCAACAACAAUAAUGGCAGCUGCAUCGAAGACGACUACUCGAACGACGUCGAGAUGGAGAACGGCCACAGCAAUAAUAGCGCCACGAAUGGUUACAAAAACGGCAGUGCCGCCAAUCGAACGAACACGAACGAACUGGUAGAAGAGGAAGAGGAAGAGGCGGACACCGGCCGGGAUGAAGAUAUGGACGUGGACUCAUCGCUAUCGCCAAACUGUAAAUCGACGAGUGCCACGGCAAAAUCGGGUGUCGAGCGGAUGCUAGAGUUCGGUCGCGAACUGUUCCAGAUGAGCCAACGACUGGAGAAGGAACAUGGUGUUAAUGAAACUAAUCAAAAAAUGUUAGAGGAUGCAUUUAGUUUAUUAGCCUAUUCGAAUCCAUGGGCAAGUCCGCUCGGGUGGCAACUGUGCCCGUCGCGUCGUGAAGCUGUAUGUGCUGCUCUAAACUCUGCCAUAUUAGAAUCAAUGAAUUACUCAUGGCGACCACCGCUAGAGGUGUGCAUAGCGCACGCCUGCGAGCUGCUGCGCCUCAUGUCGAGCUCAUCGCUCGGUGCGUGCGCGUUUGUUAGCGUGGACGAUAUACUUGCUCAACAACAGCAACAUUGACUACGUCUGAUCCUUCAGUUAGCGCCUUACUUCAAUUUCUAAUCGAGAAACGUCGUCAACGUCAUCCCGUCGUCUUUUCUGCAACGUAUCCUCCCCCCACUACUCUGUUCACGCUUGUUUACAACGGACGCACCAACAACACGGCCGCAUGCAUCAGGAUCGCUCCAUACUAAAAUAUCCCACAUAGCCGCCAUGCCGGGCACGAUUUAAUUUGACGUGUUAUGAUUUACAUUCGUUUCUGUCGCAUGAUGCACCACCUUCGAGCUGGUUAAUUUCUUCGAUCGAUCGAUAGCAAAGCUUAUGUAGAACUAAAAUUACAAAACCGAACACGAACCGAAUUACGUACAUCACAUCACGCCGUAGCAGCUGGUCGUAAGAGCGAGAAAUCAUAGAAAUUGGCCUGGACUAUCUGUACCAUUUGGUGUUAAACAUUUUACUUUGAGUCUUCAUUAAAGCAACCACAAUAUCGAGUGCAAUUGAAAUAAUUCAA